AAGACGUUUUCUUUCCCACGUUUUUUCUCUCUCCACCGCACUGCCCCAGCCAUCUUCUGAGAAUUGUAUUCGUGCUAUCGUUAAUCAUCCGUUAGCUUUAAUGUUGUAAAUUUGAAAUGAAGCCCAAAUUCCACUUGUGAAAAGCUGGAAUCUUUUCCGCACAAUCGACCUCUCUUCGUGGGAUUUCAUGAUUUUUUUGCUGUCCCGCUCAAAAAUAAAAAUCAAUCUAGAAGUUAUAGGGUUUCAUGUAGAUAAUGCCCAUGGGGACUCUGCAGGAUCUGAUCGAAGAAGCCAAGCUUCGAACGGUGUGGUGGGCUUUAUGUAUAUUUGCUGUUUGCUACUUCCUAACGCACACUAGUAAAUCAAUGUGGAUGAAUUUGCCAAUCGCUGUGCUCUUGGUGUCUGUGUUAAGAUUGCUGCUGAAUGAGGUGGAGUUUCAUUGGAAACAUCAAAAUGUAAGACGUCAGACAUACUUGUCACGCCUGGAAAGCAAGCAGCUAUCAGUGAAUGAUUCUCGCCUCUCCACAUCACUACCCCCGCCAAAAUGGAAGAGGAAAUUUGAUGCUCCUCUAGUGGAAGCCGCCACAGAGGAUUUUGUGAACAAGAUUUUACAGGAUUUUGUAAAAGAUUUGUGGUAUUCUGAUAUUACGCCAGACAAGGAAGCACCUGAGUUAAUUCAUGAUGUCAUCAUGGAUGCCCUUGCUGAAAUAUCUCAAAGAGUCAAAGAAAUAAACAUUGUUGACCUCUUGACGAGGGAUGUAGUGGACCUGAUAGGGGAUCAUUUGGAUCUUUUUCGAAAAACCCAGGCUGGAAUUGGCAGGGAAGUGAUGGGGACAUUGUCUUCUGAAGAAAGGGACGAGAGAUUGAAACACCAUUUAUUGGCAUCUAAAGAACUCCACCCAGCUCUGAUAUCUGCAGAGUGUGAGUACAAGGUUCUUCAGCGGCUUGUGACCGGAAUCCUAGCUAUAGUGCUAAGACCAAAGGAAGCCCAAUCCCCGUUGGUUCGAUGCUUUGCUCGAGAAAUUGUUGUUUGUUUGGUAAUUCAACCUAUAAUGAGUUUUGCAAGUCCACGGUACAUCAAUGAGUUGAUUGAAUAUAUUUUUUCUGUGAUAAAGGAUUUUAUCAAAGAUUUCUCUACAAAUUUGGAGGGUCAUGAUCAUGAUCAUGCUUCUCCUACAGAAAAUGUGCAGAGCAGUGAAUCUUCUUCAUUCACAAGAACUACAUCUGAUGUUUCCGGAAACUCUACGUCUAAUCUAAAUCUUCAAGAUGAGCCCAUCCAUCCACGAUCUGCUGAAUGGGCUCGUGCCUUUGAAGCAGCAAACCUGAAAAGAACAGAAGUUCUAAUGCCAGAAAACCUGGAGAACAUGUGGGCGAUAGGGAAAAAUUAUAAAAAGAAAUUCAGGAAACGUGCUUCUAUUGAUUCCUCUCAAGAUCCUGGAGAAUGUGGUGCUAUUUAUGAUUCACAUCAUAUAGUUAAGGAGAUGAAAACUCAGAAGCCCGAAGUAUUUUCAGGGCAGGAAGAUAAGGCUCUGGAAGCUGAAGAUGCUGCUGCCAUUAUAACAUCUGAAAGUAAAAAUAAGUUUAGGAAAUCAAACAGCACCUCUGAUUUGAAUAUCUUACUAGAGAUGGAAGAUCAGUUGGCUAGUAAAGGCGGACCUACUGUUUCAAAAACUAAUAAUGCAGAAAUGAUAUUACACAAGGACAACCAACUAGUUCCAAAGCUCAAGUGCCGGGUCUUAGGAGCAUAUUUUGAGAAACUAGGGUCACAAUCAUUUGCAGUCUAUUCAGUUGCAGUGACAGAUGCAGAUAAUAACACUUGGUUUGUGAAGAGAAGGUAUAAGAACUUUGAGAGAUUGCAUCGACACCUAAAGGAGAUUCCAAAUUACAUCUUACAUCUGCCUCCUAAAAGGAUUUUUUCUUCGAGCACAGAAGAUGCUUUUGUUCAUCAGCGAUGUAUUCUACUUGACAAGUAUUUGCAAGAUCUCUUGUCCAUUGCUAAUGUUGCUGAGCAACAUGAAGUGUGGGAUUUUCUAAGUACUAACUCAAAGAGCUACUCCUUCGGAAAAUCUUCUUCUGUGAUGAGAACCUUGGCAGUAAAAGUGGAUGAUGCUGUGGAUGAUAUAGUACGCCAGUUUAAAGGAGUCUCAGAUGGUUUAGUUCAGAAAGCUGUUACCUCCCCUACUGCAUCUUAUACUGCACUUUUGGACAAAAAGUUGUCCUGGAAUGACGAUGGCAUCAAUAAUAAACUUGCAUUGAGACAGAACAGUUCAGAGCUGCUAAACAGUUGUUCUGAUAAAGAUGACGGAGGAUUCAGUCCACAAGCCAACGGGUGGAAUUCAGACAAUGAAAUCAACUCAAAGGAGUUCCCGUAUCAAGCCAUAAACCACGGUCAAGAUUUUAAAGGCUUUGGGCCUAACAUCAAGAGUGGUCCCAGACCACAUUAUGAGGCCAUUAGUGCUACUGUAUGUCCAGAAGCAAAUUUUGCAAUUGUCUUGGCUCAACAAGAGGGCCAAAUUGAUGUGCCACCAGAGUGGACUCCUCCAAAUUUAAGUGUUCCUGUUCUGAAUUUAGUAGACAAUGUAUUUCAACUCAACAAAAGAGGAUGGUUAAGAAGACAAGUAUUUUGGAUAUCAAAGCAAAUAUUGCAGUUGAUGAUGGAAGACGCUAUCGAUGACUGGUUGUUAAGGCAAAUCCACUGGCUUCGAAGAGAGGAUGUAAUUGCCCAAGGAAUUCGAUGGAUCCAAGAUAUUCUUUGGCCUGAUGGCACUUUCUUCCUGAAACCAACCACUCAAAGUGAGACGAAUGACGCUCAACCAAAGCAGCUAUACGGGAAUCCCACCAGACAGUUUUCAAUGGGCCGGGCAUCUAAAGUGGGAUCUUUUGAGCAACAGCUUGAGGCUGCUCGCAGAGCUAGUAAUGUGAAAAAGAUGAUAUUCAAUACUGCCCCUAGUGCUUUAGUCAGCUUGAUUGGGAAAAAGCAGUACAGACGUAGUGCUAGAGAUAUCUACUACUUCCUUCAGUCUACCAUAUGCUUAAAACAAGUGGCUUAUGCAAUUCUUGAACUUGUGCUCGUGUCAAUCUUUCCAGAGUUACGAGAUAUUGUGAAGGAUAUCCAUGAAAAGAUGCAUUCUCCUGCAUAAGGAUCAUACUGCCAUAGUUUCAUUAGUUUAGUUUUUACUAAACGAAAAAAUGGCAACUUUGACCAACCUUUUGUGAAGGUGAUAAUAACAUAUUUGACUAAGAGAUUGUUGUCUUUGUAACUAUCCCUAGAGAAGCAAUGCAAAUCAAAGCUACAAGACUGCUAUUGUAAACCAGUGGAUAAAGUUACAAGACUGCUGUUGUAAACCAGUGGACCAGCCAACUCCUUAGGUCAGAAACAGGACUCUUACACCAAAAUUCUUUCUUGGGUGUGAGAUAAGAGUUUUCUAUACCUGCUCACAUCUUGUACAAUAUAUGUAAAUUAGGCACAAAUCAACACGGUUGGCCACAUGAUCCAAAUUAGAGCAUGUAUUACAUGUAUAUAUAAAAUUCAUUUUUUGUAGUAUGGAGUACUCCUUUCAUUUUGCUGUAAAUGCAUUUAUACACAAUAGGAGCCUGUUUGAUUAAAAUAGCAGAAACUGCUAAAAAGAAAAAAAAAAUGUUUGGUAACAUCUAUUUGAGCCACAUCUAAUUCAAAGGCUACUUAUAUUGCUAAUUCUGUUGCUCACAUGCAAAAUAAUCCAGAGAUGGAUACCACAUGGAGCCGUAAUAAUUUACAGGCUCUAGACUAUAGACUUUGCCAAACUCUAUUUUACCAGAAGUCCAUGCAUGAACAAAUGCCAUCUCGGAACACAUGGAAGAAGUUUGAAUCCUUAAUAAUGAUUUCCCUUCCAAAAACCUUGGAAACGAACCUGAAUGUAGAGUGGCAAUCGUUGCAGAUGCGAAGAUUCUUCGUCACCCUUAACAUCGUACCAGUCUUUGUUCUUGUCAAUCCUAAAGCGAUAGCUAACUUUUCACUGUGGUGAUUCAAUAUGUCCUUUUUAACAAAACCUUCUACAUCCUGAAACACACAGUUCAUGUCGGGAACAUGACCUUCUGCUUCUAUUCUCAACAUCAUAUCCUUCAGGGACUCGGAUAUCUCAGGAUAUAAAGGAUGAUCCUUCUCACUUGCAAGAAACCUGUAUACUUCUCCAUUUAUCUCAAUCAAACUCAUGCCUGGUUCUUUCUUCAGAUUUUUUGAUCGGAGUACCAUUCUGGUCAUCUUUACACCAUUUUGGUUCCCCAGAAAGGCAUAUAUAUUUGACAGAAGCACGUAAUAACCUGCAUCGUCUGGAUUCAGCUCAAAAAGCCUCUCUGAGAUCUUAAUCCCUAUUUCAACGUUUCCAUGGACCUUACAAGCAGCUAAUAAAGCGCCAUAAACUUCAAGACUGGGCUGCAAAUGCAUGUUGUUAUUAAUCAUCAAAUAAGCAUCGUUCAACCGGCCUGCACGACCAAGAAGGUCAACAACACAUGCAUAGUGCUUAUGGUUAGGAACAAUGUUCAAACUCUCAACCAUACUGUUGAAAAUCUGAAGGCCCUGGUCAACCAUCCUGGCAUGACUACAAGCACACAAGACAGAGACUAAGGUUGAACUGUUUGGAGUCACACCUGAAAUCUCCAUCUUCAUGAAGAGCUUGAUUGCUUCAUUUCCAUAGCCAUGCAUCGCGUUUCCAGAAAUCAAUGCAUUCCAGCAAGUGACAUCAUCCUUUCUUUCCAUCAUUUCGAAAAAACUUCCUGCAUCGUUCAAUUUGGAACAGUUGGCAUACAUGUCUAUGAUAGCUGAUCCAACAAAUAUAUCAGCUUCAAAGCCAGUUUUUAUUGCUAGUCCAUGCACUCGCCUGCCCUGUUGGAGAGCUGCCCAACGACUGCAGCAAGAAAUGAUGCUAGUUAAACAAACGGAAUCAAGAACCAUUUCAUCUUGAGAAGCCAUCAUCAUGUUGAAGUAUUGAAUGGUCUUACUCCAGUUUCCCAUUCUUGAAAAGCCUGUUAACAUCAAUGUCCAUGCAACUAUGUCCCGCUUACAUAAUUCAAAAAAUAAAGAGUAAGCUUCUGCAUUAUAGUUAAGGUUUAUAUACACAUCUAUUAAAGCAGUUUUGAGAAGAUCAUCAUCACACCCAAGUCUAACUGCUAAAGCAUGGACUCCACUUAUUUUUCCAGAGAUAAACAGGGAUGAUGAUAUUAAGCUCAUGAUUGUUAAGGCAUCCGGAGAUACCAUCUCCCUUCUCAUCAAACUAAACAGUUGAAGGGCCUCCUCUCCAAAUCCAUUGUCUGAAUAAGCAGAAAGCAUGGUAUUCCAGGAAAUGAUGUUCCUUUCUGACAUUUUAUCGAACAUGUUUCUUGCACUAACAGCACACCCAAAUUUUGAAUACAUGUCUACCAAUGCUGUUUGCACAUAAACGUUAUUUUCAAAAUUUUGCCUAAUCCAAUAACAAUGAACUGAUUUUCCCACCAGAGUCGAUCGCAGUUCCCCAAAAGCAGGCAAAAUACUGGAUAUCGUAAUUGCAUUAGGCCUUAUCCCAUAAUUAGACAUCUCAAAAAAAGCCACAGUGGCUUCAAGAAAAUGAUCAUUUCUUACCAACCCCGAGAUCAAUAUUGUCCAAGAAAAUACAUUUUUACCCACAACUCGAGGAAACAGUUUCUGCGCAUCCCCUACAUGUCCAGAACUAACAUACGAGUUCAAUAAACUAUUGCAAAGGAAGAUGUUCCUGCAAAGGCCUGAGGUCAGUAGGUUGGCGUGUAUUUGUAGGAUAUGUUUUCGCUGUUUGAGCCCUUUCAGGAUUGAAGCAUAUGAACGCUUGUUAAGAUUGGACUCGUAAGGAACACCAAAGUUUACGUAGGGGCUAUGUUGCAAGGAAAAGCAACUCUUAGUGCCAGUAGGAGGUUGAAUCAUCCUUCCUUAUUACAGCAAAGAAAGAAAUCGGUUCGGUUAGUUUUGGUGGGAACUGUGCCCCUCUUUCGG